AUGUCAUCAGCUGUAGGGCGCUACGGUCGAGCUGAACAGACCUGGCAGAGGAACCACUAUGAUCAUCACCUAGAUCACAAUGGGCCUGACAACCCCGAUCUCGACUGGGAACUCAACAUCGUUCCGUCCAUAGCAGCCUAUCUAGAUGAAGAGUUGGAGACCUCCAAACUGCGUGAUACUUUGUGCGAUAAAUCGUCAGGUAUUGCCGAAUGCGACGUCCCUCUUGGCAAUCUAGAAGGCUACGACUCUCCUCAAAUGUUGCCAACUUCUCAAUCUACUUCUUCUCCUAUCCAAGUCACCAUUUUCAGUCCCUCUGAGUACGAAACACAAUCACCACCAUCUUUCUCCCGUAGCCUUUCUGGCACGUCACAAUCACCAUCGACGCUUGCGAGCGCCAGCAAUCCAGCCACUCCGCAACUGUCACUUUCGCGCUACAAGUUUCGCACUGUCAAAGUAUCUCUGGUUCCUCGAAGCCCUAUAGCUGCGGAAAGCAUAGCUGCCGGUUCAGCCGCCGAGUCGACUUCGAGCGCCACCUGCGGAGCUCGGCGCACUCGCUGGAAAGAUACCGAUGUCGAUGCGGGAAACAGUUUCUUCGACCAGAUCGCCUCCGCGCGCAUGCUCAGUCGCCAAAGUGCCGCGGCCGCCUUAGCCUGUACGCGUGCUUAUGUGGACAUGCUGUCGAGAGCUUCCAAGAGCUAUCCAGCCACAUCGGCACAUGUGAUAAAUCGCGCCCCCCUGGUCGACCCAAGAGGAGACAUGAAUAUAGGAGAGAACAUACAACUUUUAGUUGAGAAGAAAGCAACUUUUGAGAAGUGA